AUGGGGAGAGGUAGGGUUCAUUUAAAAAGGAUAGAAAACAAGAUCAACAGACAAGUUACUUUCUCCAAAAGGAGAGCUGGUUUGUUGAAGAAAGCUCAUGAGAUCUCUGUUUUCUGUGAUGCUGAAGUUGCUUUGAUUGUCUUCUCUCUCAAAGGCAAACUUUUUGAGUACUCCACUGAUUCCUGUAUGGAGAAGAUACUUGAACGAUACGAAAGGUAUUCUUAUGCUGAGAGACAGCUUGUUGCCAUAGAAUCUCAACCUCAGGGUAAUUGGUCUAUGGAGUAUAACAGACUUAAGGCCAAGGUUGAACUCUUGCAGAAAAAUCAUAGAAACUAUAUGGGAGAAGAUUUAGACUCACUGAGUCUCAAGGAGCUGCAGAACUUGGAACAGCAGCUUGAUACUGCUAUUAAACACAUUCGAUCUAGAAAAAACCAACUCAUUUGCGAAUCUAUCUCUGAGCUUCAGAGAAAGGAGAAGGCGAUACAGGAGCAAAACGCCAUGCUAGCAAAGCAGAUCAAGGAAAGGGAGAAGGCAGUGGCGCAGCAGUCACAGUGGGGGCAGAAAGAACAUGGCCUCAACACAUCAUCUUUUCUGCUGCCUCAGCCGCCGCCGCCGCCGCCACCGCAUCCUUGUUUGAAUAUCGGCACUUACCAGGAAGAGGCAACUGAAGUGAGGAGGAAUGAACUUGACCUUACCCUUGAACCUAUUUACCAUCUGGGAUACUUUGCCGCUUGA